AUGCUCGCCACCAGAGCUCCUGUAACACCCUCCGGAGUCUGACUACACCCUCUAGUGAUGGAGCCCCUGCCGCCCGCCCCUUGUCAUUGGGCCAAGAAGCCUUCAGGUCCCUCCAGGCGCAGAAAGCCAGGAUUUAACCUCAUCGAGCUGGGGAAGCUGCCUGCCGUGGCAGCUGCAGGAGUAAAUGCUUCUCUAUCACCGGUCCCUGUUGACGACACACAAGGCUGGACCUAGGAUGACAGCUGCCCCUGUGUCUUCUGGCCAGAGCCUCUGUCCAUCCCUUCCUCCUGCCGGCCCUGUUGCCUGCAGCCUCUCUCUGAUGGAGCCUAGAGAAUAGCGGGCUCAGCUCUGGGGGCUCCUGAACCCCUAGUUGAGAGCAGAGGCUUUUCACCUGUGAGGAAAGGGUGUCAGCACCAGCCAGCACCGGCGCUGAUGCUUGGAGGGGAGAGGCGGGUGUGGAGGGGAUGGGAGCCCGAGAGGUUCUGGGAGAAAGCUGGGUGCAGGUUCAGGGGGUUGGAGCUGGGGUCCCCCCACACUCUCCCUGCCAGCUCCCCGGUGGAAGGGUGCACACUGCUGGGGAGGGGAGAGGGGUUGGACCGUGUGGCCACAGGCUGGUCUUUCUGCCUGCUCGUUCCCUAUCGUCGACUCUGCCCCUGCUGCCCUUGUCCUGGGGACAGACUACACUCUCCUGCUGGACUUGCCAGCCAGAUGGCGGUCCCCUAAGUCCUAAGAUGGCUCCGUCUGCCCCAGUGUCUCCCGUGCCUCACCUACGCCUAGACCCCUCCAGAGGAGGGCCACCCUAGGGGCCAGCCUUUCCCUGACUGUUCCCCAAGUCCUCGGAGAGGCCCCACCCGGGUCCUGGGCUGGAGAGUGAAGGUUCUGAGCCUGCCGGGGAGGGGCGUCAUAGCUCAGGACCCAUGACCUUCUGUUGAGUCUGUGUUGCUGGGUGCUUGCCCUGAAGCGGGCUCUGGGCCUUGUGCCGUGUGUUCAGAAAUGAGGAGGGCACAGCUCCUGGCCCUCGAGUUCUCACCGAUUGUUGGAGAAGAUGGACGUGUGUGUGCGUGCAGUGCACGGGGUCACUGCAGCAGGUAGGUGUGCACAAGAAGUGGUCCAGAUGGGCAGUGGGCAUGGGGGGAUGCUUGCCUGCCUGGCCCGCUGCCCGGGGAGGGCGCACUGGUCAGGGAAGCCUUCGUUCAUGCAGGCCUGUAAACUGGUAAGACUUCAUUGGUUUUCCGAUGGGCAGACUGGCGGGGGUGGCCGUGUGUGCAGAAAUCAGCAGUAGUGUCACAGUGGUGUGAAGCCGUUCCUGGGGCAGAAGGGAGUAGAGAGCAGGAGCAGAGGGGAAGAGGCUGGAGGUGAAGGUCAGGGUCACAUCCAACAGACCAUCACAUACCACGCAAGAAACAACCUGCCUCUGGGAGGCAGUGGGGGAGGGGCCGCCUAAACCUGGCCCCAGCAGCCUGGUGCAGGGCGGCCUGGUGGGCAGAGAUGUGGAGUGACACUGUGGGCAGAGACCUGAAACUGGACGGGGCCAAAGUAAGGCAAUGGCAGGGGGUAGAGAGGUUUAGGGGUCACUCAGGCGGGCCGUGGGAGUGGUAAUGGUAGAGAGAACAGGGUGGCAUCUCAGAGGCGAGAGGGUGAAGGAUGAGGGGUUUAGAGUUACGGCAUAUAGAACUUGCAGUUCUGGCAAGGUGACCCUUGGUGGGGACAGGGGACGCUAUGGCAGGUUUGUGGGAGGCCAUGUGUCCAGGACGUGGAAAGGGAGAUGAUCGGCGAGAAGUCAGUGUGGGCUUAAAGCAGAGGUGAGCGGACGGGCUGAGGGAGACGCCAGAACUUGUCAGCAUCAGGGGGUUACUCAGGACCAGGGGUCAGGGUUGGAAGCAAGGGACAUCCUUCUCUGGGCCUUGGGCACCAAGGAGAGCGUGGGACCUGCCAGGAGGUGUGCUGUGUUAGAAGCAACUGGGUUUCCACAGAGCAGACCCCAGGGCUCAGCCGGCAGCUUCUGACUCCGCGGGUCUGGGCUGGGGCCUUCGGGCUUCUGAACAAGCCAGGUCUGGCGCGGCAGGAACCCGGGCUUUGCCUCAGGCCCGCGAAGAGAGACUCCAGCACACUGUCACUGCAUUUACUCAACAAAUAUUUACUGAACCCCGCCAGGUGUCACGUGCUGGGGAGCCUGCCGUGCACAGCCCUCCCCAGCCCUCCCCAGCCCUCCCCUCGGGAAGCUUCCUUUUGAGGAGUAGGUGCCAGGCUUUGCCACCUAACUUGCCGUCCCUUGUCCAGCCUCCAGGGUGGUGGCAAGGCCUGUGGAGCCCCUGGGCCAGGCUCUUCUAAGCUGCUGGGAGCAAAGUGGGAAGUCACUCAGACAGGCUCCCCUCUAGUGGCAUCUGGGAGGUGGCCAGGGCUGAGUGACAUGCUCUGGGCUCUUCAGCUGGCAGGACCUCCCUGGGACUACUGAGAGAGCGCGGGUGCUGGCAGCAGAAGCGGGGGUUGGGGGGGGGAAUGAGCGGAGCUCUGGGUGGUGAGGAUGCUGAGGUUUGUUUUCUGUUUUAUUUUACUGAGGCUGUGAAUUUUCAGCCCCCUGGAACUCUUGCGGCCACUUUCCAGCCUGUCGGAUGGUAGUGUCCCUCAUGACCUCAGUGACCAUGACCUCUGCUGAGGGCCUACUGCAUGCCAGACCUUGAGCUCAUUUAUGUACCUUAUCUACAGAUGAGGAAACAGGCCUACAGAGAUUAAGUGACGUGUCCACGUGCAAGAGGCAAGGGUUUGAACUGAGAUCUGACCCCAAAGGUCUAUGCCUUUCACACUUGGGCAAUGACAGUGGAACAGGCUGUGGUUUGGCACCUGUUGGCCCACAGCCUCAGUAAAAUAAACAAAAACCAAACCUCAUGGUGGAGGUUUCUGGCCUGCCCGGAGAGGGUGCUGACGCAGAGCCUGGAACUAAGGCCCUUUGUGAGGUGGCCCCAGGAGCUGGCGGCAGGUUCUGGCCUCUGUGGGGGAGGGGCAGGCAGAAGCUGGGAUCAGGGACCCGAGUGGAGAUGGUUCUUGCUAUGCUGGGGGCUCUGUACCCCAGGACCCGGCUGAGCCUCUUUCUCCUCUACUUCGUCCUGGCAGCUGCCCUCCUGCGCCCCCAGCCGCUGAGGCCUCAGCGAUCUAUCCCCGAGGAAUUUUCAGCCCCCCUGGAACUCUCGCAGCCGCUUGCUGGCCUGGUGGAUGAUUAUGGGAUUCGGCCCAAGCACCCAUGGCCACGAGGGCCUCGACCCCUCCUCUCCCAGGCGCAGCCACGCAAGCGGGACGGGCCGGACAUGGCUGAGUAUUACUACGACGCGCACCUGUGACGGGCACCCCUCAUAAAGCUAUUCUGUGCAGCAAAGGCGUGGGCUCUC